GCUAAGUACACCUGCAUUUUCUCUUGUCAUGUUGCUAUAUUGCUGUGUUUCUUGUAGGAUUGUUUGUCUGCGCUGCUUCAUCUAGGGUGACUAACCCUUAUGUGCAGCGCUUCCUGGUGGGUUAUUUCCCCACUGUUUUUUUUAUCCCCCCUUUAGGUUCUGUAUUUGCCUUCAGUUAUCACUGUCCCCAUUUUGGCCUGUUUUUCAUUUUCAUCCCCUUGCCACACUCCGUUUCUGCGCAGCGUUCCCCUUCAGUUAUCACUGUCCCCGGUUUGGCCUGUGUUUCAUUUUCAUCCCCUUGCCACACUCCGUUUCUGCGCAGCGUUUCCCCUUCCCGACCGCUUGUCUCUACAUCGGGAGGCAGGGCCUCCCUCCCCGUCUUCCUCGCUUCACUCUGCCCGCGAUUCGGGCCUUGCUCCCCGGCCGGCCGCGAGAUCUCGCGAGAUCUCGGCGGCCAUCUUGGAUGACGCGAUUGUCCCGAGAGAUCUCGGCGGCCAUUUUUGUUUUCUUGGUCGCGAUUUCUUGUGGGCAGUUCAUACCCAGUGUUCCCUGCUUGCUGCUCCUGCCGCCCUCGUUCUUCUAGCUGCGCCCCCCCUGUAUUGUUGUACCUUGUGCUGUGCGUUACUAGGCUAGUCAUUGCUUGGUUACGUCCCCCUUACUUGCGGCCAGUUAAUUUCAGGUCUGAUUACCUCAUCAUGUCCCACCCUGCCCAGUCUCCCACUAAUGCCCCCCCCCUCUUCUCCUGAGGAUCAUAGGGCACCUGGGGAGGGUGCACAGGCACAGGCUUUUCAGCGCUCCGUGUCUGAUGCCAUCAUGGCAGCCAUGGCUCCAUGACCACUAUACUGUCUCAGAGCAUUACCUAGGCGCUAUCUGCGCAGCCUACAAGAGUAGCUCUGCAGGAUACCCAGAACACACCGCAGCCUACCUGUAUUGAGCCUCCUGUUUCACAGGAGAUCUUGACCGGUGCGCAUCCUGCCACCCAAGGUAACGUGCAUAGUUCACGUGAAAGGGCCUCAUCACGCCAGGCAGAACGGGCGCGAACAUGGAAGUGCGCUAGAGCACAAUCCCCUAAUGUGUCUGACUCAGACAGAGCAUCGGACGAGGAGGCUUUUGCGGAUGUGGAUUAUGUGUCAGAGGAGGAUAUUUCUCCCCCAUUUGAGGGCCCCUCAGUUUCCGCUCCUGCGGCCUCCUCUGCCAAGGACGUUGCGUCCUCCUCCGCCAUGUGUCGGUCAGACAUUCUGCUGGACUCAGCGGGUGAACCUAUGUUCAACCCCGACACUUUGCAUCACCCUAGAUCGGCGGAGUGGCUUCCCACUGAACAGGUGGGUAGCUAUUUGGAGCACUGGGUGCGUCGCCCCCUGAGCCGUGAAUCACGGAACAAACUUAGGGCCAAGUGCCCCAGGCCACUAGUCCCCAAUAAGGUGUGUGACACCCCUGUGGUGGACCCCAAGAGGUCUCAGUUUUUGGCCAAAACUGGUUGGAACCCUUAAAAGGGCCUGGACUCAGCCCUGCACAGCUGCCAGGAUAACGUGCUGGAUAUCUUCGGCCCGCUGGCCGAGAUUUCGAACUAGCUGAGGUAGCUAGGACUGAGGGCUCCCCUAUUGCCCUGAAGAGUUGCGGGGUUGGACCCAAAGGGCGAUCUGCAUCUCCGGGAAUGCCAACACCACUUUGGCAAUCAAAGGCGUAAGGCCAUUUUGUUUAAAAUUGAUCCCAAGUUGUCAAAGUUGGCGCUCACAGAAGCGGGUAAGGACGCCCAGGGUCUCCUGUUCGGCGAUUCCUUUAUUAAGAUAUGGGGCAAUUUGUUGGCACCUUCACCGUGCUAGACAAGGCCCAAUAAUCCAUGCGCAGGGUAUUUCAGGGACGGGUCUCUAAUCGGGCCGGCAGUAGCAGGGGCUACCUGUCCGGCCAUGCAGACUUUCAGGCCCGUGGCGCAGGUAGAGGUUCCUUUGGUCAGCGACCUCCCUUCCAGGAUCAACGCGACCCAUCUCCUUUCUUCUCGUCCAGAGGAGGCCAGUGGCGAUCUCGCUCCUUCAGAGGCAACCCGACCUCUCGCAGACCCUUCGGUAAGUUCUCCUCUGAUUGGGGAUUCUAUGGCCCCUUGUGUAGGGGGCAGACUCCAACUUGUUUCUCAUGUUUGGAGCCUCAUCACAUCAGACCCAUGGGUGCUGACCACAGUCAGUUUUUUUGUAUGGAGCUCACGGGGUCCCGUGCAUGCUUCCCCUCCCCCCCCCCCCCCCCGCCCAUACCAAUGUCGCGCUCGGCAACCUUAGCGCGGUUAGCCAAGGAGUUUUGGUCGUCUUGCCUCUCCAGGGACAUCAUGGUGCAGGCGGAAUACCUGCCGGGUCUGAGCAACGUCCGCGUGGAUUGGAACUCUCGCUACCUGUCGGAUGGCAGCGAUUGGCAGUUGGAUCCGGAGGUGUUCUUGGCAAUUUCGGACAUGUGGGGCCUGAUGACCAUCGAUCUCUUUGUUUCUUGGCUCAACCGGCAACUCACCCGGUUUUACAGUUGGCGUCCGGAUCCGGAAGCAGUGGCGGUGGACGCGUUCCUCCAAGACUGGUCGUCUUCCCGCCUUUACGCUUUUUCCCCGUUCGCAAUGGUCCCGCGGACUCUCCUUCGGGUUCGUCGCCAUCGGGCGGAUUUGGUACUGGUGGUCCCGUUCUGGGGGUCUCAAGACUGGUAUCCUACGUCGCUGGGGAUCCUAGUGGAGGUACCUGUUUUUCUCCCGUCUCUCGUGGACCUCCUUCGCAACCCUCAGGAUCUUCUCCUGCUCGGCGUUUCCCUUUGGCUGUUGGCGUGCCGGAUCUCAGGACACCUGGAGCUGUCGAUGGCAUUUCGGAGGCGACUCGACAGUUACUGGACGACGCAUGGGCUCCCGGCACCAGAAAGUCUUAUCGGGCAGCCUGGAGAAAUUGGGCUAGCUGGGGCUUGGAACGGGACUUGGAUCCCGUUUCUGCACCUGUAGCUCACCUUUUGCAGUUCCUCACCUCCCUUUUUGAGGCAGGUAAGGCGUACCGGCCCAUCAACCUCUUCAGGUCGGCUAUUUCCUCUACCCAUCAGGGUUAUAAAGGCGUCCCUGCGGGUCAACAUCCUUCGGUUUCUCGCCUUUUGAGGGGUUCUCGGUUGGUGCGCCCUCCUCGGCCUCGUUUUUCGACUACCUGGGACGUCUCUCUGGUGUUUCCUUUUUGUCCUCUUGGCCGGAGAAUUUGGCUCUCUCUUUGAGACAGUUGUCCGCUAAAUUGUUGGCGUUGUUUUGUCUUAUUUCUUGCAGACGGGUCUCGGAUGUUCGGGCCCUCGACUUUGGCGCACGUUCUUUUACCCCGGAAAGGCGUCACUUUCAACAUUUCGCGUCGCACCAAGACUUACAUCAAUUCUGUCUCCUAUCCCAGUUUUCCUUCUGCUCUGAUUUUGUGUCCUGUGGCUUGUCUGAGAGAAUAUGCGUCCAGGACUAGAGCCCAUCGUUCUUCGAUUGGAGGACGGUAUGCGGUUAGCGGACUGGUCUAAUGUUACCGCGUUUAGGGAAUUUUAUUUUCGUCCCCCGUCUCAUUUGUUUUCUUCUAUUAUAGAUCGGCUUUGAACUUGCAAUAUGAGCCUCCGUGUCUUGCUGUAAAACUUAAUGAUUUUCCUAUUUCAUGACGUAAAGUCAUAGUUUUAUUAAAGACACGGAGGCGAGUAUUGCCCGCCCUGUUCCCGCCCUUGGGUCUCCUCACGGUUUUUUAUUGCAGUGGAUUUUUUCCUUGUUUUUCUGAUGAUGGUCGUUUUUUGUUAAUAUUGUUAUUGUUAUGGUUGUACCUUUUAGUGUUUCUGUUAUCAGAUCUUUUAUGCUCUUAUUAUUUAUAUUAUUAUUAUAAUGCUUAUUAUUAUUAUCGUAUAUUGUUGAUCUGUCAUUUUAUCCCUGUCAUGUAUGUUUGAGUACUGGGAUUUCCGGAUGUGACGGGUCUUGACGUGUAUGUUUCACCUGGGCCUGUGGUCUGUUUCUCUUUUUCAGGUUGAAGGUCGAUUCGGAAUUCGGUGCCGUUUUUCUGGCUGAGUUGCCACGGGGUCUAUGGUUCUACGUCGUUCUGAGUUUACAGACGUUAGCCAGGGUGGCUCGAUUUUGCGGUUUGGUGGACCUGAAUGGUGGUCGUUCCUCGGGUCCAGUUCCGGUUCCAGUUACGGUGUUAUGGAUGGUGUCGGAUACAAAGAAAGAGGAGGAUUCUGAAGAGGAGCCGAUUGAUAUAGGAUCUGAGAGGGGAGGAUCCUUUGUUGUUAUGAUUAUCUUGAUCUGUUCCUGGGAAAGCUGGGUGACAAUCAGUACAGCCGUCAUCACAACAUCCACAGAGGUUGUCAGCCAACUUUUCUGAAUGUCAGACUAAACAGCAGACUUUAGGCGUCCAAUGGAGGGGCACGUACCACGUCAGCGGGCGUCUCAGCCCUCGUGUCCUGGACGGGCAGAGGAACGAGCGGACUUCUCCCAGAAUCCAUCAUCUGACUGCAAACAAUACAG